GGCGCGCGAGGCCGGCGGGCGGUUUUCGUGAGCGGGACCGGAGUGAACGCAGCCAAGGACCGGCGCCAUGGUGGAGAAGGAGGAGGCUGGCGGCGGCAUCAGCGAGGAGGAGGCGGCGCAGUAUGACCGGCAGAUCCGCCUCUGGGGCCUGGAGGCCCAGAAACGGUUGCGGGCCUCCCGGGUGCUUCUUGUCGGCAUGAAAGGGCUCGGGGCUGAGAUUGCCAAGAACCUCAUCCUGGCAGGGGUGAAAGGACUGACCAUGCUGGACCAUGAACAGGUAUCUCCAGAAGACCCUGGAGCCCAGUUCCUGAUCCGGACUGGGUCCGUUGGCCGAAACAGAGCUGAGGCCUCUUUGGAGCGCGCCCAGAAUCUCAACCCCAUGGUGGACGUGAAGGCGGACACGGAGAACGUAGACGAGAAACCGGAGGCGUUUUUCACUCAGUUUGAUGCUGUCUGUCUGACUUGCUGCUCCAGGGAUGUCAUAGUGAAAGUUGACCAGAUCUGUUACAAAAAUAGCAUCAAAUUCUUCACAGGAGAUGUGUUUGGCUACCAUGGAUACACGUUUGCCAAUCUCGGAGAACAUGAAUUUGUAGAGGAGAAAACCAAAGUUGCCAAAGUUAGCCAAGGAGUAGAGGACGGCCCUGACACCAAGAGAGCAAGACUUGAUCCGGCCGAGACGACGAUGGUCAAGAAGAAGCUGGUUUUCUGCCCCAUGAAGGAAGCUCUGGAGGUUGACUGGCGCAGUGAGAAAGCCAAAGCCGCCCUGAAGCGCACGACUUCGGAUUACUUUCUCCUCCAAGUGCUCCUGAAAUUCCGCACGGAUAAAGGAAGAGACCCUCGUUCCGAUACCUACAGGGAGGAUUCUGAGUCGCUGCUCCAGAUUCGAAGUGACGUGCUUGACUCCCUGGGUGUCAGUCCUGACCUGCUUCCCGAAGACUUUGUCAGGAACUGCUUCUCCGAGAUGGCCCCUGUGUGCGCCGUGGUCGGCGGCAUCUUGGCACAGGAGAUUGUGAAGGCCUUAUCUCAGAGGGACCCUCCUCACAACAACUUCUUCUUCUUUGAUGGCAUGAAGGGGAGUGGCAUUGUGGAGUGUCUUGGCCACAAGUGA